CCUGUUUUACGCAUCGUCGUGACAAGGUUUCACAAAAGUCCUUUUGUACCGUUAUUCGAAAUAAAGUUUUUUUUUAAAAACAAGUACUUCGGUAGCAGUAAUUUAACUGGGGGCUCAACCGGGAUCCCUCAGCGUGUCGCGAAACGUGAAACGUGCACCUUCGGCGUCCGAAUUCGACGCAAUCGAGCAGAGUAUCGGCCAGCCGAAAUCACCAGUCAUAGACACGCGAACUUUCAAUUUCUUAGAGGGAUCCACAGCCAGCAACAACAGAGUGAAGGUACAGCAGCAUUGGGCGUCGGCCCUAAGUUCCAGAACUCCCGAAAACUUUGACAAUAGAAGCGGUUCAGCUAGGAGGGUGUGCUGCAUCUUUAGCGACACAACCAGUCUAGCGUAGAAACUAGUGAAGCCGAAGAAAGAAGAAAAGGUAGAAGACGAACGUUUUUUCCACGUUUCCCAUGAAUCUUUGGUGUGUGGUCGUGUUACUGGCAACCUACAUUUUUUAUGAGCUUUUUUGGAAAACUCGGCACGUCGCUCGUGGGAUAGUGGACAUCUCCGGGGAGGCCACGGAAUGUACUCUCGUCGCGAUAUCAGUUUUCCACUAAACAUUUCGUUUACAACCGCUAAAGACUCGUUGGCGGUAUGGGAUGUCGUGCCAUCUUGUGGAAACCAGGUCCUGCUAGCUUGCUACACUACGGACAUCAUAGGAUCUGCCGCAUUUGGCAUUGACUGCAAUAGUUUCAAAGAACCGGAAUCGCCAUUCAGAACCUUUGGAAAGAAAAUAUUUGAAAGAGAUGGACUGCGAAGGUUGAAAUUCAUGAUCGCCAUAGCUUUUCCAAAGUUGGGACAGUUUCUCCGUUUCAAUAUAACUCCAGAUGACGUCUCCAAAUUUUUCAUGAAAAUGGUCAAUGAUACCGUCGAAUACAGGAUAAAGAAUAACGUCGUUCGAAAAGAUUUUCUGCAAUGUCUCAUCGAUUUGAAAUCUCAGGAGGAGCAAACUCAUAAAAAGGAUGGCAAAUCUUUAACAAUGGAUGAAAUCGCAGCGCAAAGUUUUAUCUUUUUCAUAGCCGGUUUCGAAACUAGCUCUACAACUAUGACAUUUGCUCUUUAUGAACUGGCGCUACAUCCAGAGAUCCAGGAUAAAGCUAGAGAAGAGAUAGUUCAAGUCUUAAAAAGGCACGCUGGCGAGUUUUCUUAUGAUGCGGUGAAUGAAUUGGUGUACCUGAAACAAAUCAUUGACGAGACUUUAAGAAAGUAUCCAGCACUACCUUUAAUCACUCGCGUAUGUGUAAAGGACUACAAACUACCGGGGACCAAUGUGAUGAUUGAAAAGGGCACGAAAGUUAUAAUUCCCAUUUCUGGUAUACAUCAUGAUGACAGUAAUUACGAGGACCCAGAAAAAUUUGAUCCAGAACGGUUCUCAGAAGCUAGCAAAGAAAAAAUAAAUCCUUAUGCACAUCUUGCUUUUGGCGAAGGACGACGGAUUUGUAUAGGCAUGAGAUUUGGAAUAAUCCAAACUAAGGUAGGACUAGCAUCCAUCUUGAAGAAUUAUAAAGUGAGACUCAACGAAAAAACCAAGACGCCCUUGAAGAUUUCCAUAAGGUCGUUCAUACCUACUACAGAUGGCGGUAUGUGGCUUACCAUCGAAAAGAUAAAUGAGUGA